UUCCUUUCACACACAUAUAUAUCUCCAUCCGUGUGCUCUCAUUACUUCCGCAGGAAUAGUAAUGUUCGUUUUCUCUCUCAUCCUCUCCUUUCUCUCUCUAUCAAUCUACAUCCUCCUCCGCCGGAGCGGGCGGCGGCGGGGGCGGUUGCCGCCGGGCAACCUGGGCCUCCCCUGGAUCGGGGAGACUGUCCAGCUCAUCUCGGCCUACAAGACGGAGAAUCCGGAGCCUUUCAUCGACGAUCGGGUGGGCCGAUACGGGUCGGUUUUCACGACCCAUUUGUUUGGCGAGCCGACCGUGUUCUCGGCCGACCCGGAGACGAACCGGUUCAUCCUGCUGAACGAGGGACGGCUGUUCGAGUCGAGCUACCCCGGUUCGAUAUCGAAUCUGCUGGGGCGGCACUCGCUCCUGCUGAUGAGAGGCAGCCUCCACAAGCGGAUGCAUUCCCUCACCACGAGCUUUGCGAACUCGGCCAUCAUCCGCGAUCAUCUCCUGCUCGACAUAGACCGCCUCGUCCGCCUCAACAUGGACUCCUGGACCGCUCGGGUUCUCCUCAUGGAGGAAGCCAAAAAGAUAACUUUUCAGUUAACAGUGAAGCAGUUGAUGAGCUUUGAUCCGUGUGAAUGGACUGAGAAUCUCAUGAAAGAGUAUAUGCUAGUUAUUGAAGGCUUUUUCACCAUCCCACUCCCCAUUUUCUCCACCACAUAUCGAAAAGCUAUUCAAGCCAGAGGAAAGGUGGCGGAGGCGUUGAGUUUGGUGGUGAGGGAUAGGAGGAGAGCGGCUGAAGGAGGAGAGAUAAAGAACGAUAUGCUGGCGGCGCUGCUGGAGGAGCAAGGCGGCUUCUCCGACGAGCAAAUAGUCGAUUUUAUGUUGGCUUUGCUAGUGGCUGGCUAUGAGACCACAUCCACUAUUAUGACUCUCGCCGUUAAAUUCCUUACCGAGACCCCUCUUGCCUUAGCGCAACUCAAGCACGAGCAUGAAGAAAUCAGGCUAAAAAGAGGGGAAACUGAUGCACUUCUAUGGGAAGACUAUAAGUCCAUGUCUUUCACUCAAUGUGUGGUUAAUGAAACUCUUCGAGUGGCUAACAUAAUUAGUGGUGUGUUUAGACGAGCAAUAACCGAUGUCACUAUCAAAGAAAGUUAUACAAUUCCUAAAGGAUGGAAGGUCUUCGCUUCUUUCCGAGGGGUGCAUAUGGAUAAUCAUCACUUUAAAGAUGCUCGAGUUUUCAAUCCGUGGAGAUGGCAGAAUUAUUCGGAAGCAACUAGCACGAUAAACAUGUUCAACCCGUUCGGUGGCGGCCCUCGACGUUGCCCAGGAGCGGAGCUUGCUAGGGUUGAGCUUUCGGUUUUUCUUCAUCGAUUAGUCACUCAAUUUAGCUGGGAGGCGAUAGAGCAAGACAAGCUAGUUUUCUUUCCAACGACGAGAACUCAAAAGAGGUAUCCCAUCACCAUUCAAAGGCUAAAACAAGGCGUUGUGGAAUAAAGAUUAUUUGAGUCGAUUAUAGAUUUUGAGGAAGAUAUCUAGGAACCAAGUCCAAUAAAACUUCAUUGGUACUAAUAGAUUCAUUGUCUUAAAAGAAGUAAAUUGUUAUUAGAUUAAAUGUUUUGUUGCACUCACGCCUAUUAAUUAAUCACACAAAAUAAGCCGGU